AUGGCACUAACAGUUCCCGGAACUACAGGUAAAUCUCAUCGCAUCCACGCUGCAGCACAUGAAAAGUACGGCCCCGUUGUCAGCGUAGUGCCCAAUGAGCUGUCUUUCGGCAACCCGGCCGUCGCCCGGCAGAUCUACACGUCGAGGAGUCUCGUCAAGGAAAAUGCGUUCUACGGAUCCAAAACGCUCUAUGAUCAAAUGCACAUCUUCGCCGAGAGGCACGUCGAAGCCCACUCGGCUCGCUGCAAGAUGCUCUCCAAAGGCAUUUCCCGUGCUGCCAUGUACGACUUCGAAUCACAUCUGGCACGAAAAGUCCGGGCAAUGUUGGAUCAGUGA